AUGGGAGGCUACCUGGGCAACGUCAAUAUCAAGUUCGCAAACAAGAACGGGGAAAACGACGGGCAGAAUUGGACAACACUAGCUUUUCGCUUGACUGGUGCGAGCCACCAGAGUACUGGCAUACAGAGUCUUGAGAAUAUAAGCAACCACGGCGCCCAUGGUAACAUGAUGAAUUGGCUGCGGGGAGGAGAACCAUUCUACUUUGAAUAUGGUGCUGCCUCUGCUAUGUUCGGAUUUUGGGCUUUCGGUUCACCCAAAACCACAGGAUGGUACAAGCUUGGUGGUACUAAGUGCUACAGUCUCAUGUUCGAUGGCACAGCAGCAGAUGUUGAAAUGGGAGAAGAGAAAGUCCACUAA